CCUGUGCAAGCACUUUAGAUUUGGCACUGUUUUACUCUCAGGACCAGUGUGCACUUUAACCCAGAGGAUAUCCUGUGCCUUUUCAGCAGUUGGAGCAUGAGCUCACUAAAGCCUACAUAAGACAAAAGAGCUUUUCGGCUUUAUGCACUUUUAUUGAGAUAAAAGGAGAUUUAAGAUUUCUACAAAGCAGAUAAAAAAACAGACUGGGAACAUUAACUUUGAAACUUGACAAUGAUGGAAGAGGUACAAGAAGUGGCGUCUGUGCUGAGCGUUCAUGGUCAAAACAUCAAGGUUACAGAGGUGCUGAAAGACGGGGACACGCUUACCUUUCUAAUUGUUUCUCAGAAGCUGUCUGGGACAGGGGAGUACCAUGUGGACCGGACCUAUGAUGAUUUUGAAUGGCUGCAGCAGCACUUGUUCUCUCAGGAGGAUGUGCCUGGGAUACAGGGAGUCAUAUUUCCUCCUAUUCCUGCAAAGGCUCAGGUGAAUGCAUCUGCCAAGGUUAUGAAACAGCUUGGUUUCCUUGGUUUGGGAGAAUGGCAGCCGUACUGUAAAGCACUGGAAACUUUCCUCCGGCAGGUUGCUUCACACAACAUACUCAACAAAAAUAAAGCCGUGGAGAUCUUCCUUACCAGCUCAGAUCCUCCAGGUAGACAAAGAGUUAGGAAGAACUUUUUCAACCGGCUGAGUCAAGCUGUUGAAGAGAUGAGGAAAGAAGGCCAUAAGGAUGUGGAUGAGUUCUUUCAAACUGAACGUGACCAAAACCUCGUUCUAACUGGCCAUGCCAAGAACGCAGCUGAGAGAUUCCUGGAUGUGGUGCUAUCCGAGCAAAAAAUAGCAGUGGCCUGUGGGCACUUCUCAGCUGCUCUGCAUCUCUGUGUGGAAGCAGGGGAGGAUCCUGACAAACAGGCGUUUUCAAGGAUUUGUGUGAAAUUAUCAGAAGUCUUUGAUUCUAUGAAGAAAAAUAUCAUGAGUGUUGCCGACAACAACGUGAACACUCUCGGGCUGGGCCUAGACCUGGCGUCACGCUACCAGGAGGCAGAAAAGGAAAUGCUGUUCAGGAGAACCUGUAAGCUAGUGGAGCUAGAGACUGCCAGGAGGAAUGCAGAGAAGGCCAAACCUGUAAAGAAGGCUGCUAUGGAGGAGGUGAAGAAAGCAGCAGAGGCGGAGUUUGAUCACAUUAAUGGAGUUGCUAAACAAGAGAUUUCACGGUUUGAGGGAAUCCGUGUGGAGAUGCUGCAGCAGGCUCUCGUUCAGUGGUGUGAAAAGCAGCUUCUUACAGCCAGAGAAAGUGCUGACCAGUUCAACCAGCACCUGCAAGCCUUUAGAGAGAUGGCCUAGUGACCUCUCUAGCAUCCUCUUAAUGAAGCAUCCUCAGUAUGUCUAAACAUAGCAUGGGAUAAACAUGUCCUUCACCCUGUUGUAUCGUAGCCUGAUGCUUUAUGGGAGUCAGUUACAUUCAGUGUAAAUAAAGAAAUGUAAGUGAAAGGGUAAAAGAAACCUUCCUCAAAAUUAAACAGCAUCUCUAUAUUUUGUGCACACACACACACACACACACACACACACACACACACACACACACACACACACACACACACACACACACAGGGCCCCAGCAGAAAUGAUUGUUUUGAGAUCUUAGUGGCGGGCUCGUCGCUUGCUAAGGCAACUGUGUAUGUGAGUGUAUGUGUUCCAUACUACACUCAUAUUUGUGCUGAGAGUAUAUUGUGCUGCUCUCUAGCCACUACAUCAGCUGGGGUCACACAAAAUAAAGUGUGAUGAAUUGAU